AUGAUGAAGAGUCAUCUAAAGAAAUUGUUGAAAAAAAAUGACGGAAAAUUUAUUUUAAGAAUACCUAAUGUUCCUCAUCAAAUAUUUAAAAUUAAAUCGUUAACUUCUUGCAUUAGAGAGCACUUGACUAAAAACCAAUGUGAAUUUUUACUACAAAAUGAGAAAUUACUUAAAACAGGAGAAGGGUAUGAUGUUAUCAUCUAUACUGUUCAAAAUGAAAACGUUACAGACACAACUGAACGUGCGCAUUCGAUUAUCAAAAACCCUGAGAUAUUAUUUAAUUCUUAUAAGUUUGUUAGUUUAAAAUCACCUAUAAUAGAAUUACGUUUAAAACGAGAUGGUCUAUUAUUGGAUGAAAUUGAUAUAUGGAAUAGCACAACAUUCUAUAUUUCACAAGAUGUUACUGAUCGCAUCUCUAAAUUUUAA